CAGCACAAUACGGAGGAAGAGGAGACGUCGAGCUCUGUUUUGGUUGAAUGUUUAGCUAUUAAAGAGCAUAAUUUGCUGUAUUGCAGCAGGCAGACUGACAUGUACCGCUGCAUAGUAAGAAGUGUGUGCAGCGGAGGAAAAGUGUGUCCAGGCUUUGUGCCUCCACACACUCUCUCACCCUCAUGGAUGUUGAGAAACACCACAGAGGAAAGACAUCACAGGCUGGCUGAGCAGCGUUGGCAGUGUUCAGUCCGCUGUAUGAGCUCUGCAGCCAAGAGGAAAAGGUCUCUGCACAGUGCCUUCCCUGUGCUGGAACAGCCCCUCCAGCCCAUCCAACAACAUGUGUAUGAUGCAAACCUACAAAACAGCAACGCCUGCCACAAAAAGUACAUUGAGUUAACUGACAAGGCAAUGAAGGGUGGAGGGGAAAAAGCCAUCGCCAGACACACUCAGAGAAACAGGAAGUUGCUGGUCAGGGAUCGACUGCGCCUCCUUCUGGAUGAUGAGGAUUUCCUGGAGCUGUCACUAUUGGCUGGUCUGGGUCUGCCAUACGGGGACAUCCCUGCAGCUGGAUGCCUGACUGGCAUUGGCAGGAUCAAUGGCCUGUGGUGUGUGUUCAUUGCCAUGGAUGCCACAGUGAAGGGCGGCACAGCGUAUCCAAUCACUGUAAAGAAACAGCUACGAGCACAGGAAGUUGCAAUUCAGAACCGCCUGCCCUGUGUUUACCUUGUGGACUCUGGAGGAGCUUUUCUACCACUGCAGCAAAAGGUGUCGGUGGUGUGCGGGUCAUGCACGGCGGGUGGAGCUUACAUCCCCACCAUGGCAGAAGAGACAGUGAUGGUGCACCGGAUAGGAACCAUAUUUCUGGGCGGGCCACCGCUCGUUAAGGCCGCCACGGGAGAGGAAGUCACACCAGAAGACCUGGGAGGAGCCACGCUUCACGCAGAGGUGAGUGGCUGUGUGGACCAUUUUUCCUGGGAUGAAAAGGAGGCGUAUGAAUGUACCAGAAACAUUGUGUCCACCCUCAACUUCCUACUGCCCGAGGAAGAGGAGGAGGAUGAGGAGAGGACGAGGAAGAAGAAAGCUGAGGAAGAGCCGCUGUAUAGUUCAGAGGAGCUUCUGGGGCUCGCUCCUAAAAGUUAUAACUACAGUCUGGAUGUUAAAAUGGUGGUCAGUCGGCUGACAGAUGGUAGCCGCUUCCAGGAGUUUAAAGCUCGAUAUGGAACCACGCUCAUCACUGGUUUUGCAAAGAUUCAUGGCAACUUAGUGGGAAUAGUAGCCAACAAUGGAGAGCUGUCAUACCAAGCGGCACUGAAAGGAAGUCAAUUUGUCCAGUUGUGUGACCAAAGAGACAUCCCACUCCUCUUCCUCCAGAACACAGUGCCCUCCGCAGCGCUUACACUCACCACCACUCAGGCAGAGAUGAACACCAACCGCCUGAAGGCUCAGGGUUCGAUGAUGUCAGCGGUAGCGUGUGCCUCCGUCCCAAAAAUCACUGUGGUAAUUGGUGGUUGCCAUGGUGCAGACAGCUACGCCAUGUGUGGAAGGGCUUUUGACCCUAAUUUCCUGUUCCUGUGGCCCAAUGCCAGAGUGUCGAUGACGGCUCCAGGUCACGCUGCCUCUCUGCCUUGCCCUGACAGUGAGGCAGAAGAGGAGGAGGAGGAGAAGAAGAAGCAGGAGGACAGGCUAAAUAAGAGACUGGAUGAGGAGAGCUCAGCAUUCUUCUCCUCAGGCAGACUCUGGGACGAUGGAGUCAUUCUGCCUCAGGACACCAGAAAGGUUCUCAGAGACUGCCUUGACAUCAUCAAACAGCAGCAGUAUCAACUCACCACAGAGAGAGUCCGGUCAGCACUUCUGCGUGUAUAAAGGCUGCCAUCUUCCUUCUCCUCACUACCUCUGGACUCUACAAGCAUCCGUCCACUGAGCCGCUGUUUUUAAUUUAAUCUGGUUGCUAUAGGCCAUUGGUGACAUUUACCAAAAUGUGCCAAAAGAAUCAAAGCCAGCCCUGGCCUUUAUUCAGUAUGGUCAUUGAGGGUGAUGGUGAGCAUCAUCCUAAAAGAGAAGAAUGGGGAAAUCGCAGCAUUUAAAAUAAUCUACAUACCUUUAAAAACACAAAUGUGUUAAUAAAUUACCGCAACAUCUUGUCAGAUACUUGGUAAAGUCACUCGCCAACUUUCCAAAAGGUUCAAGAGUCCUCAAAUAUUGAAUUUGUUUUUAGGUUUGGACCUAAUACAUUUUUCUGUCUGCUGUAAACACAGGUGAUAAUUUAAAGUUUCAUUUUUGGUAUAAUAUUUCUCAAAGUUAUGUUGGUUUAUUGAAUUUAAACACUGAAAAAAGUCCCGGUUAAUCCUACAAAAGUGCCUCAUCAUGUCUUGAGUACAUAAAGAAACGCUACAUUGAAAUGUAAUCAAUGCUACAAGAAGUGUGAAGUAUUGUGAUUAAUAUAUGACUGUUACAUUUCUUUUGUUAGCACAAGUACUGUGUUUGAGCCUCAACCGAGUUGUUUUUUUUCACAGAUGUGCCACUUUUUAUUAAUUUGUUAUUCAAAAGCCCCACAUACUGCACUGAUAUUUUUUCUAGUAACAAUUUAUUUAAAAGUAAUUUCUGUCAAAUGAACAGAUUAUAAGAUAUCAUGCUCUGUAAUUAUGAAUGUAAAUUAAUAAUAGUAAUGUAGUUUUAUUUCAUUUGUAUUCUAAAAUGAACAAAAAUGUAAAUACAGUUUUCAAUUGAAAAACUUGUGUGAUUUUUCUUAUAGGGGGGAUAUUCCAUAAUCGAAUGUCCCAGUUUACUUAUAAGUUAAAACAUUUCCCGUUAAGUUUGCUGUAACAAAGGUAUUGUUAUGUUGAAGUGAGUACCACUGCUUGCAUCCAAAUGUGAAAUUAAUUCAAAGGAAAUUGAAAUAACAUUAACGUUUGCAAGCAAAAAAAAAUCUUAAACUCUUGACGAGAUCAUAGUCAGUGAAGUAUGAUAGACGAAAUGCACUCUAUGGUGACCUUUCAGUGGAGAAAAUAGGAUGAUCCACUACCAUUGAAUACCAGCUGGGGGCAGCCAUGAUGGAAAGUUCAAUACAAAACUUUAAAUUCUUGGUCAAAAUGUGGAACCCCUUUUUAAAGGCUUU